AUGCCUAAGUCAAAGGAACUUGUGUCUUCAAGCUCAUCUGCCAGUGAUUCAGAUAGUGAAGUUGACAAAAAGGCAAAGCGGAAAAAGCAAGCAGCUCCAGAAAAGCCUAUAAAGAAACAAAAGACUGGUGAAAGUUCAAAAGGUGCAGCUUCUUCUAAGCAAAGCAGUAACAGAGAUGAGAAUAUGUUUCAGUCAGGUAUUUCUUUAAAUCCAGAACAGUGGAACCAGCUGAAGGAACAGAUUUCUGAUAUUGAUGAUGCAGUAAGAAAACUGUAAAUACAGAGCCAUACAAAAACCUUUAUCAUUUUAAUUGUUUUAAGUGGUCUUUUUACAUUGGCUUUUGUUUUCUAAAAUAUUGUUUUCCAAGCUAUUGUAUAUUUGGAUUGCAAAACGAUUUGUAAGAUGAAUACUUUUUUUUAUGUGCAUUAAAAGU